AUGAGUUCCAAAAGAAGGGUAGGAAUAGCCCAUUUCCUCCUCAGAACCUUUGAAAUGCUGGAUACGCCAAAGCUUAAACAUCUGAUAGAGUGGUCAACGUGUGGUGAGAUGUUCUAUAUCAAAAACGCUAGGGAAUUUGCUAAUAAAGUAUAGUCAAGAUUCAAAUUUAUUUCUUAGGUGCUCCCAUAAUAUUUCAGACAUAGGAACUUUUAAUCUUUCUUACGACAAUUGAAUAUGUAUAACUUUGUUAAGAAACGGUUGAAGAAUGGCUGGAAUCAGUUUUAACACAAGUAUUUCAAAAGGGAAGCCAAAAAUCUACUUAUACAUGUUCACCGCCGAAGCAAUGGUUAAUAAUCUGAUGAGGAAGAACAAACAAGUAUUUUCUAAUCGCUACUUUUAGACCAAUAAGACUCAAUCAAAAAACAAUAAGAAUAAUUGCAAUAAAUCAAAUAUCUCUAAAAUGAUAUUGUUCUUACCUCAAGCCUCCUCUAUCAAUAAUCAGUAAUUCUAUAAAGCAACUUCUAACGUCUCAAGAAUGUAUUAUCUUUCCGCUUAAAUUAGAAAUUAUUGUAUCAGUAUAUUGAGGAACAGAAACAAGAAAAAUUCCUCUUUAACACUUUCUCUCUUUUAAAUAAAUCACAAUCCGAUUCCCCCAAGUUAACUUAAACCAUACUCACUCAGAAUCACAAAGAAACAGAUCAGGAACCAUAAUUAUUUGUACUCUCUUGA